AUGGGUGCCUUUGUCCCUCGAGAUACACCAUAUUGGAAAGAUGCAACCUUCUACCAAGUCUAUCCAGCUUCCUUCAAAGACUCCAAUAAUGACGGCUGGGGAGACCUUCCGGGCCUUAUUUCCAAACUGGACUACAUAUCUGACCUAGGUGUUGAUGUAGUCUGGGUUUCGCCCAUUUUCGAGUCUCCCCAGAAGGAUAUGGGCUACGAUGUAUCAGACUAUCAAGCCAUCUAUGCACCCUACGGCACAGUCGAAGAUGUCGACACGCUCGUUAAAGAAUGCCAUUCCAGGGACAUGAAGGUAAUUCUGGACCUGGUUGUCAACCACACCUCAUCAGAGCACCAAUGGUUCAAAGAGUCCCGCUCGUCAAAAAAUAACCCUAAGCGCGAUUGGUAUAUCUGGAAGCCAGCUCGUUAUGAUGAGAACGGCGUCAGACAUCCUCCAACCAACUGGAGAGGGUAUUUCGCCAGUUCAACGUGGACGUGGGACGAGGCCACGCAGGAAUACUACCUGCAUCUGUACGCAGCCGACCAGCCGGAUCUGAAUUGGGAGAAUAAAGCGUGCCGAGAGGCUAUCUAUGAGGAAACCAUGCGCUUCUGGCUGGAUCGCGGAGUUGAUGGUUUCCGCAUCGAUACUGUGAACAAGUACUCAAAACGACAGGAUUAUGUUGACGCCCCCAUCACGGAUCCUGCUUCUGAGCAUCAGCCUGCGCCGGAAAUGUGGUGUAAUGGUCCUAGGAUACAUGAGUUCAUCAACGAGAUGAACCGUGAGGCACUGGCACCAUACAAUGCCGUGUCCGUGGGAGAAUUAUCUCUCACGCCUCAUCCGUCGCAGGUCGUUCCAUACGUGUCUGCUGCAGCAAAGGAGCUCGACAUGGUCUUUGAGUUUUCCGUCAUUCGUCUCGGGACGGGAGAUGGCUUUGGCGCAAAGUACAUCUACAACCCCUAUCCACUCACCAAGCUCAAAAGUCUGACUCAAACGUGGCAAUCUUUUAUUGAAGGCACGGAUGCGUGGGCAACCGCCUUCAUUGAAAACCACGACAAUGGCCGCGCCAUUUCUCGUUUUGGAAAUGCUUCCACACGCGACAAGUGGCUGUCUUCUGGAAAGACUAUUGCAUUGUGGCAAGCUACACUUAGCGGAUCUCUGUUUCUAUAUCAGGGACAAGAAAUCGGCAUGGUAAAUAUGCCAAAGACCUGGGGUAUAGAAGAGUACAAGGAUAUCGAAAGCCGCAAUUUUUACGCCGAGGCCGCUGCCUCUGGAAACCAGGAGAGAGCAGAUGAUACGAUGAAGGGUCUACAGAUCCUAGCAAGAGACCAUUCUAGAAUACCAUUCCAAUGGGACGAGUCGCCUCAUGCCGGCUUUACUGAGCACGGCAGGCCCUGGAUGAAGGUGCACGAUGACUACCGGGCCAUCAACGCCUCGCAACAGGAAAGGGACCCGGACUCGAUAUUGAACUUUUACAAGCAGGCCUUGAAGAUGAGAAAAGCUCACCGAGACGUCUUCAUCCAUGGGUCCUUCAAAUUGGUAAAUCCAGAGGAUGAGAACAUUUUCGCCUAUGUCAAGACAUCCAGCACGCGGGUCAAUGAACGGGGACAAUUCGCAAACGCCCUCGUGGUUUUGAACAUGAGCGACGACGACCAGCUAUAUCCGAACGUGGCGGCGGUGUUGAAGUGCAGUGAUGAGGACGUGCGGUGCCUCAUGACUACUGACAGUGCCGUGAAAGGAGGAGAUGGUAGCCGGGUUAUUGGUGGCUGGCAAGGUCGUGUGUAUGUCAAUUUUUAG